AUGGACACUCCUACGCGUCCUCGCAUCAAUUGCCCCGAAAGCUCUGCCCGCGAGGCGUUGGAGUCGCCAGGUCCAAAGGUUCCUGGGGCCUUCCCGCUUGACGCUGAGGGUGCAGGAGGCAUGAGCAAGACUCGCUACAAUGAUGAUUUCCCCAUCGAUGAAGCGUCCAUUUCGGCGCGAUUAUUCGCAGUGGGGCUCGAUGGUCACGGUACAGGCGACCUAGAUUCCUGUGCCGACAACGCAAGCGACGUUGAAUCAUCUGUUACUCCUCCAGCCUUGGAAGCCCCGAAUCCCAACGCCGCCAGUGUCGAAUCCACAAUGUCUCUCUUUCUUGUUGCUCCCAACAACACGCCCGCAACUUCGAGCAUGGGAGAGCCUUCGGAUAGUACCUCCCCUUCUCGUCAACCAACCUCGUCUUCCCUCGCCCCAAGCGAGUUGUCUAGCGACACCGAUAGUCAGUCCAUGAAACAGCCUGCCGAACUUGGCUACUCGCCCCUCGGUUCUCCUCCAUCCAUUCAUUCCACAAACAACGACCAGCCGCCCAUCACAAACGAAUCCAUUCAUGACGGUCAAGCCCCUCCGCCAUUCACACCCAUUCCACCAGUCACUCAUGCUGGAGCUUAUUUUCCUGUAAAAAUGGACGAGGGAGUCACGAUGUCGCCUGAGAAUGAGCUUGAGAGAUCAUCCGGGACAUUGUGGAUGCAUGCCAGAGAGAAGGAGUUCGUUCUGGAUGGGGACAAACAGGAAGUGAAGGAGGAAAACGUGGUGGCUCAGAUUCCGACAAAGCCAGCGAAAUUCCGACGGGGGUCCGUUCGCUUCGACACCUCGUCUCUUGAUGAUUCUGCCGAUGGAGAAGCCAAGGACAAGUCGACUGCCAAAUCCCAUUCGCAUCGUUCUUCCGCAGACCUUGGUCAAGCCAUUGAUCUUGAGCAGCCAAAAACCCCUCUAACGCCCGUUCCCGUUCCUGUCAUUGCCGAGGAGCAUCCGAUCAAGCCCUCAGCGGAGAAGACUGCUUUCGAUUCUGCGUCGACUUCAAUUUCUGCGGAAGAACUUGAUGGAAAGCACGGCUCGGAGCGGAACCGCGAUGGUUUCUUGGGUGGAAAGGGAUCGAGACUAGUCCAAAAGGUCAAAGAAAAAAUGCACUUGUCGACGGGAGGAGGCCACGUUGCAGCGAACGAUGGAUGA